AUGGCGAGGCCGCGUCCGUCGCUCCAAAGGCGCGCUGCGGCAUCUGCGGCAGCAGCAAGCAAGCUCAGGGCGGUGCGCCGCACCGUCCCCCUGAAAGCCUCCGCGGCGAGUCGCUCCGGUCUGCGGAAAGCCGCGACGGCGUUAGCAGCGCGCAGCGCGGGAAGGACGAGGGCGGGGGCGGGGAAGACUCCCGCCAAGACACCCAGGACUCCCGCGAAGAAGGUUCCGACCAAAGCUACCCCAGGCAAGUCGACUCCUGGCAGGUCGACCCCGGGAAAAGAGACCCCGGCCAAGACGACCCCGGCCAAGGCGACCCCCACCAGAAGGUCCGCGGAUCGCCGGCAGGCCGCUCAGACCAAUGGCGCGCGCACAUCGAGCUCUGCUGUCGCAUCCGCAGGGAAGGCUCGGGCGACGCGCAAAGCCGCCACGCCUGCGGCGGCGAAGACGGCGCCAAAAUCGGAGCCUCGCAAGCGAGCGAGGCGCGAUGCCCUGGCGGAGGAAACCGAGGAGGAGGUGGAGGAGGUGGCGGAAGUGGCGGAAGAGGCGGAAGAGGCGGAAGUGGCGGAGGUCGCGGAAGUGGCAGAAGUGGCGGAAGUGGUCACAGCGGUGGGCGAAAGUGGUGGGCGGCGGAGGAGCCUGCGCGCGCACAAGUCUCCCGCCUUCUACCAAGUGGCGGAGUGGCGCUCGCCCGCCGCGCGCAGAGCUGGUAGAUCCGGGGACUCGUCGGACGAGGAGGAGGACGACGACAAGGAGGGGGAGGAGGACGAGGAAGUUGAGGAAGGGGAAGACGCGGAGGAGGAAGCGGAGGGCGAGAAGCCGGGCAAGGGAAGGAAGCGAGCGCGAGGUCGAGCGGCGGGGGGUGCUGGCGCGCUGGUGAGGGUCAGGGGGGGAGUGAAGGUAAAGGCAGGGCGAGCGCUGAAAGUUGUAAAGGCAGCGAAGGCGGCAAAAGCGGAGAAGAAGUUUCUCGGGCGAGGGAAGAUGAAACUCGUGGAUGUGUCUCCGACGCAUCUCCGCGCAUUGAACGCGAUGCAUGAUCCCAUGGCGCAUGUGCGCCCUGCCUCCGUCGAUUCCUCCUGCUGCACCCGCUGCGCGAGCCGCGAGGCGUUUCGCGCGGUGCGCACGCGCAGCGCGGCGCUGCUGGCCGCCGUGCUGGCGCGCUCCGCGCGCGCGAAAGUGGCGGACCCGCACCUGGAGUGGUCCGCGGAGUGCCACGUGGACCCGCUGCGCGCGGCGCUGCUGGCGGGGGAGGUGCGGCUGGCGCGCAUGCUUCUUCUGGACCGCGACAGGCAGGAGGCGAACGGGCUGCUGGGGCAAUCGGGCGGGGGAGGCGCGGGGGAAGAGGGGGAGGACGCGGUAGUGAGUGAUGAUGAGGAUGAGGAGGAAAGGGAGGAGGGGGGGGAGGAGGGUGAGGGGACGGAGGAGGCUGGGGAAGAGGGAGGUGGCACGGAGAUGGAGGAGGAGGAGGAAGCAGAAGAAGAGGAGGAGGAAGAGGCACAGGUGGGCACGAGGCGCAAGAAGCACGGCAGGGGGAGGAAGGGGAAAGGGAAGGAGGACGGCAAGGGAGAAGCGAAGGCGAAGGCUGGCGAGAAGCGCAAGGCAGCGAAGGACACGCCAAGCGCAGCAGAGAAGGCAGAGAAACCGGAGGAGAGCCGCGUGGUAACUGCCCGGGCGCGACUCCCGUUGAGCUCCCUGGCGAGCAUCGGCACGGGCACCAAGUCGUUCUACAUGCUGGGUUCCGCCACGCGCCAGCUCGAGGCCAGCCGCGGCGGCAAGGAGGGCAACAACGCGUUUCUUAGCGACCCGCUCCCGCGCUCCGACUCCUUCCGCGACUACUUCUCAUUCGCCGCGCAGCGCUCGUCCGUCGCCGCGCUGCAGAUGAUGGCGGCUACCCCCGACCCCUCCGCGCCCGGGUAUCUCAAGCCGCGCGACCCCGCGCACCCCGUGCCGUCGCGCCUCGCGAUCUGCCUGGAGCUCGCGGGGAGCGGGCUGGUCUACGAGGCCGCGGAGGCGGGGAAUCUCCCCGCCGCGGCGCACCUGCUGAAGCUGUGCCGCGGCGCGGACGGCAGCGGGGACUCGAGCUACGGUUUCAACGCAGUGCAUGAGUUCGCCGUGGGACCCGCGGAUGGGAAGCUGGGCGCGGACGUGCGGGGGAUUUCGGUGCUGAAACACGCGGGGUGGGGCAACCAGCAGGUGACUCCUGUGCACCUGGCGGCGCUACAGCCGGACGCGCGCGUGUUGAAGCAGCUGGUGGCGCGCGCGGGGCCGCUGGCGCUGCAUGUGACGGACGGCAAGGGGCGGAAACCCAUCCACUUCGCGGCGGUGGCGGCGGGGAGCGCGGCGUGUCUCGAGUGGCUGGUGAGCCAGGGGGUGAGCGCGGACGAGAAGGACCGCCAGGGCCACACGCCUCUGCGCCGCGCGCUGGCGUUUGGGCGCCCGCACACCGCCCGCCUGCUGCUGCCCAAGCCGGCUGCUGCGGGAGGCAGCAGCGGCGGUGGCGGCGGCGCUGCUGCGGCGGACGAGGAGGAAGAAGACGGGGAGGAGGCAAGAGGGGGAAAAGCAAGGAGAGGCAAGGCUGGAGCUCCCGUGAGUAUAGCAGACCUAGUGCUCAACACUCCCCUGGACAAGCGCACGCCGCAGACUCUCCUGCAUGUGACAGCAUGGGAGUGCCUGUACAUGCCACCCACCGUGGCCGCAGACAUCAUAGAGCUUCUCAUCCGUGGGGGGGGAGACCCGCUUGUACCCUCCAAGGACAAGAAGCUCACCACGCUGCACAUUCUCUCUGCGCUGGGACUGGAGGGGGCUGUGGAGAGGGUUCUAUCGCUCGUGGCGGCGGGGAGCGAUGGGGAGGCGCGCGUGGUGAAGCUGCUGCUGGCGCCGGACAAGCUCGGGCGCAACGCCCUGGUCGUCGCGGCACGCAACUCGCAGUUUUCCGUUCUCCGCGCUCUCCUGCGCCGCGGAGUCCCCGCGGACAGCGCGGACUCGAGUAGCAACACGGCGCUGCACUACGCGUGUGCGUACGGGUGCAAGGGCGCGUUAGAACUCCUACUAGCAGCGGGUGCGGACCGUGAUCGGCUCAACAUGUGGAAGCUGUCGGGGCUGUUUCUGGCCGUGCUCAAGGGCCACAUGGGCAUCGCCACCGCCCUCCUCUCCUCCCCUGCUGCCGCUGCCUCUGCCGCUGCUGCCGCUGCCGCUGCUGCUGCUGCUGCUGCUGCUGCUGCUGCUGCUGCUGCUGCUGCUGCUGCGGCUGAUGCUGCUGACGGGCACAUGGAUACAGAGGGAGGUGAAGGGGGGGAGGGAGAGAAGGGGGGUGAGAAAGCGAGCCAAGUGGUUCCCUCCUCCUCCCCCUCCUCCGCUGCAGCUGCAGUGGCGCCGAGUGGUGCAGUGAAUGCGGUGGACAGCGAUGGCAAGUCUCUCUUACACCACGCUGUGACCCUCAAGCAGGCUGACCCCACCCUGUGCCUCUCCCAGGUCUCCUUUCUUGUCUCCCACGCCAUCUCCGCCGCCACCAAAGACGCCCGCGACGGCCAAACCGCUCUGCACCUCUUUGCAUCGCUCUGCCCCAUUUCCCGCCUCGACGCGCGCAUCACUGGAGCCAUUCUCUCUGCGCGUGGCGCAGACGUGGAUGCGGAGGAUGGCGAGGGGCGCACGGCGCUGCAGCUGGCAGCGGAGCAGCUCAACGUGCGCGUGCUGCGCGCGCUCCUCCGCAGCCCCACCUGCCGCGCCGCCCUCACCCACCGCGACCGCCACGGGGUCACGCCGCUGCUGGCGGCUCUGCGCUGCGAGGCGCCCCAGUUGGUUGAGAACAAUCUCGCUAACGGGUACCGCGGGUGGUGGGGGCGGAAGCCAGUGGAGCAGGUAGACAAAGAGGUGCAGCGCACCCUAGACGAGUAUUACCGCCGCUGGGGGGCGUUCUGUCGCCGGCAGCGGGCCGCCGUGACCCUGCUGCUGCGCGCUGCGGUGGAUCGGUCGGUGACGGAAGAAGCGGCCGCGGCAGCAGGGUUGGUGGAAGAGGGGGAGGGGGGAUUCGACUGGGGGUGGGUGAACGCGCAGACCAAGGAGGAAGGCGACUCGGCGUUGCACCUGGCGCUACGCGCAUGCGAGCCGGCAUCCCUCCUGCGACUGCUGCUCCAGCCAGACGUGCGGGCGCAUCUCGCGCUCAACCUGCGCAACAAGGCAGGCGUCACGCCUCUCGCCGCCGCUGUGACGCGCACCCUGCAGAACCCCCACAGCGCGGCGGAGCGCUACAUGAAGCAGGCGCGCAGAACAAGGGACAGCGAGUACCCCGAGCUCAAAGCCUCCAACCCCUUCCGCCGUGCCGCGCAGGGGGAAGCCGCGCCUGGGGGAGCGGCUGUGGGGGAGGGUGGUGCGGGGGAUGGUGGUGCGGGGGAGGGUGAGGGAGAAGGUGCCGGUGGCGGUGCAGGCAGUGGCAUGGAGCAGGAGCAGGAGCAGGCGCAGGUGAGGGACCCCCCUGAGGGUGCGCUUGCGGCGGUUCCAGAUGCGCCUCAGAACAAAGCGAGGCCGUCCUCUCAGGGUGCAGCGCAGAGGGAUUUCGUGGAGUGCGUGGAAGCGCUGCUGCAGGCGGGGGCCGACGUGCACGCGCACGCUGUGGCCCGCGUGCGCAGAGCUGUGAGGUACAUUGUGAGGAGCAGUGACGUGAAGGAAGCUCUGCGCGACAAGGCGCUGAGCAAGGCUGAGCAGGAGGAGGGCGUGGGGAAAGUGCAGGGGCACGUGGUGCUGCGGGUGGCGGGGGAGAGCGUGGAGGUGCAGAGAUCGCUAGUCUCGCUUCUCAUGGCUAAUGCGAGUGCCACCAGCCUGCCUGCUGCUGUGCGUGACCGCUGCAUUCGCCGGCUGCUGGCGGCGGGGGCGCCCGUGGAUGCGGGGUGCGAGGAAGACGGGUCUGCUCUGCACGUGCUGGCCGUGGUGAUGGGCGCUCGUGAACCCCUGCCGCUGCUGGAGCUGCUGGCUGCUGCUGGCGAGCAGAAGCAGAAGAGCGGGCAGCAGCCACUGCAGCAGCAAGGCGGGGAGGUGCAGCAGCGGCGGCCGUUGCUGGCAGAGCUGGCGUGCAAGGCGAACCAGGAGGGGGAUGUGGCGUUCCUGUCCAUCAUCGCGAGAGCCCUGCAGCUCAACCUCCUCCCUGCCACAGACGCGGCUGCUCGCACCGAUGGGCUCGUUGGGGGAGGGGUGGUAGAGGAGGGAAUGGGCAAGGAAGCGGAGAGAGGAGUGGGAGAGGAGGAGGCAGGAGAAGGGGAAGAGGAAGAUGAGGACGGAGGGGGAAGCGAUGGUGAAAGGAGCGGCGAUUCCUCCUCCUCUCCUUCCUCUUCUUCACCUUUCAGUGCUCCCUCCAAGUCUCCUUCCCCUUCUCCUUCCCCUUCUCCUGCUUCUUCAUCUUCCUCCCAGGACCCCUCAAAAAAGAAUCCAGCCAAGCAGUAUCAACUGACACAAGAGUCCUUCCUGCGCUUCCUCGCUCGCUUCCUGCAAGUGUGUCAGCAGGACAUCAAUGCAAGCAAGACCGCCCCGCGCCUGCGAACCUGGGGAAACGUGGACCCAGCAGUCAUCCCCAUCAUCUCAGCCAGAGCCCAGCCCAACCUUGGCUUCACCGCUCUGCACCUCACUGCUCGUGCUGGUGGAAACGCUCUGUGGCUGCUGUCGUGGCUGCUGCAGCAGGGCGGGGUGGAUCCUCUGCGCUGCACUGCAAAAGGCUCCACUGCCCUCGCGUGUUAUCUGCAGCAAGGGGGUGGUGGUGGUGGUCGGCAGGUGGAUGUGAAAGUGGUGCGCGCACUGCUGGCUGCAAACGGGCCACAGCAGCAACCGGAGCAGCAGCAGCAGCAGCAGCAGCAGCAGCAGCAGCAGCAGCAGCAGCAGCAGCAGCAGCAGCAGCAGCAGCAGCAGCAGCAGCAGCAGCAGCAGCAGCAGCAGCAGCAGCAGCAGCAGCAGCAGCAGCAGGUGCGCACAUGCGACGACAGGAAGCGCACACCACUCAUGUUUGCGGUGCAGGCGUCGGCUCUCACGGCGGGCAGGGCGGGCAUCCUCAGCGAGGCCUUUGAGGUGGAAAAGGAGCUCCUGGACGCCGGCGCUGACGUGGCAGCGCGGGACGAGGACGGGCGCAACGUGGUGCAUCUCGCGUUUGUGCGGCUGGGAGAGCGGCACGUGGCGGCAGCGGGAGGUGGGUCUCAUCGGGCUGCUGCGGCAGGGGAGGAGCCGAUUGAGCUGCUCAGCAUGCUCUGUGCCGCUGUCACUGCCGCCGUCGCUGCCGCCGACGCUGCUGCCCUUGCAACCGACUCGACAGCAGGGUUAGCAAGUGGAGGUGGCGGAGUAGGAGUGGCGGGGGUCAUUGACGCAGCGGACCGGUUCGGACGCACCCCGCUGAUGUACGCAUGUGAGGCGGGCGCUCAGAUCUGCACCAAUUUCCUCGUGCGGCGCGGGGCCACACUCGCACGCACGGACGAGGACGACAACGGGGUGUUCCAGCUGGCGCUGCUUGCGGCUCAGCUACCCGUGUGUAUCAAUCUGUUGGACCAUGCGGGGGUGGAUAUUCACCUUCCUGCCACCAACUAUCGUAAGUUUCCCGGUAAGCUGCUCAAAAGGGUUGCACGGGUGGAGCGGCAGGAGAGGAGGAUGGCUGCCGGGGUGGGUGGUGCGGGGGAAGGGGCGGACGGGUGGAGUGACGGGGAAGAGGAGGAGGUGGAUGGGCAAGAGGAGGGAAUGGCGGGGGGUGUGCGUAUGGCGGCGGAGGUGUGGGAGGAGUGGGAGGAGUGGGAGGAGUGGGAGGAGGGUGGGAGUGGGGACGGGCAGGAGAGCAAGGACGGGGGAGAGGGAGCAGGCAGGGCCGGGGAGGAAGAUGCAACCAUGGCAGAUGCCAAGACAGAGGGAGAGGCGGAGGAGGUGAAGAAGACUGGGGCAGGCUCCGAGCAGCAGCAGCUAGAAGCAGCGCGUGUGCAGAUAGCACGAGGCAAGGACGCGUGCAAGACAUCAACCUUCCGUGUGGUGCUAGACCAGGGGUGGAACGGGCUCGCGUAUCUCAUGCUCGACCGCGGCGUCGACCUCCUCACCGCCACCCACGACUGCCUCGCCAGCGGCCACUUCUCCCUGCUCCUCACCCUCCUGCGCCGCGCGCCCCCAGCCGCGCUGCAAGCGCUGCAGCCGGUGUCUGGCAGGACGGUGUUCCACCAGCUGGCACGCGUGCACCACCAGUCCUCCUUCUGCCAGAACUGGCUGCUCACCAUUCUGCAAGUCAUUGAGGCUGCACUGUCGGGACCGGGAGUGACGGGGCCAGCAGGGGAGAACCCGAUCCGUGCGCUGCUGAACACGAGGGACGUGCUUGGCCAGACCCCGCUGCACCUCGCGUGUGCGGGCGCCAUCACGCCGCUCGUCCAGUGGCUGCUGCCGCGGGGCGACCCUGCUCUUGUCAACGCAUGCGACGCCGUGGGCUCUGUUCCCCUGCACCGCGUGCUGGGCUGUGCGGUGCUGCACAGGAAGGGAGGGGGGAAUGGUGCUGCUGCUGCUGCUGCUGCUGCUGCUGGUAGUGGCGACGUGCUGCUACCAGAUGUGUACAGGCUGCUGUGCGCGGGGGCCGAUCCCAACGUGGGGCGCCAGGCCAAGCUGCCUCUUCACCUGACCGCCCUUGCCACUGACAGCGGCUCUGACGUUUCGGACAUGGCUGGCAGCAGCGGCGGCGGCGGCGGAGUGGUGCAGCAGACGGUGCGGGCGGCGCUGCGCGCGGAGGUGCUACAGGAGGCCCAGGCGCUGCGCAAGGUGUGCACUCUACCGGCCAUAAUGACGGCCGUGCGGCGGAAAGAUCACCGGCUGACGGAGCUGCUGCUGCGCUUCGGAGCCAACCCGAACCAGUGGGACGCCACUGGAGCAACCGCGCUCACGCAUGCGGUGAGGAGCAAUGACCUGCGCAUGAUUACCGUGCUCAUGGGGGGGGAUUGGACCCCCCCCGUGCUGUCUCGAGAGGAGGAGGCUGCCAACGCAGCGCUGAGCAAGAUGACGGUGCCACCUGGCAUGGAGAUCCGCCACGUAGGCGUGGAUCUGAACCUGGCGCCGGUCCCCCUUGCGCGGUCGGCAUACCACGCAGCAGUGGCUACAUUUGGCCCGUUAGAGCCGUCGUAUGAGAACACUCACCUGCUGAAGGUGCUGCACAGGCUGGUGCUGCUGCAGAGGGGUGAGCGGGCUGGGGAUGCGGCUGGUCAGGCGGCGAGACCCGUGGCGUUCCGGUGGGAAAUGAGGGAUGGUGCGGGGCACACGGUGCUGUAUGAUGCGGGGGCUCAGUCCUCAGGAGUGAUGCUGGACGCUAUCACGGAGAUGAUGGGAGGAGGCGAUGCGGCAGGGGAUACAGCAGCUGCUCCUUCAUCAGGUGCCACAGGUGCUGUGACGAUGACUCAUGGCGGCGCUGUGCUGCCAGGGAUAUUUGAAACAGAGAUAGCAGCAGGACGGGAGGAUGCGCAAAAAAAGUUAGAGGCAGCAGAGAAGUGGCUGACAGAGGGCAGUGCGGGAGUGCGUGAGGGGCGAGUGGUGGACGUGGCAGCAGAUGCGAGAGUGAUGCGGGAAGAGUGGGACGCCAAGAUGGAGGCAGCAGCGCAGGCGUGUGGCGCGGAGGUGGACGAGCAUGCAGGGGACCUCCGUGCCACAUGUGUCGUGCUGCGGGAAGAGAAGCGUACUCCAGCCGAUGACGGCAGUGGUGGCGGUGGCAGCAGCGGUGGCGGUGGAGGAGGUGGAGAUUACUCGGUGCUCAUGACGCGAACCGAUGUGGAGUACGGGCGGUAUGGAUUCCACAACUUCUACAAGAUGCAGGUACUGCACAGCACCGCACAGGACCUUUACAUCCUCUUCAACCGCUGGGGGCGUGUGGGCGACGAGGGGGAGCACCAGCAGACGCCCAUGGGGUCCCGUGAGGAGGCGGUGAAGGAGUUUGAGAAGAUCUUCAAGGCUAAGUCCGGGAACGACUGGCAGAAUCGUGGAGAGUUCCAGCCCAAGGUGGGGAAAUACACUCCCGUGCGGGCACGUCCAAAAAGCAAGAAGAAGUCAGGGAAGGGCAAUGGUAAGGGAGAAGGGGAAGGGGGGAGUGAGAGGAGGAAGAUCCCCAAGGGGCAUGUGGAUGAGGAGGUGGAGCUGGUGCUGCCUCUGGCACAGCUGAUAGACAUGCAUGGUGGUUUAAGGAGGAAAGGAGGAGGAGGAGGAGGAGGAGGAGGAGAGGGAGUGCAAGGCGAAGGUGUUGCUGCUGCUGCUGCUGCACCUGCUCUUGUUUCUCUUCCUGCUGCUGAUACUGCAGUGCCUGGCAGUACGGCUCCUGCUGUCGCCGCCCCCGCUGCUGCUACUGGCGAUAACUCCACGCAUUCUGCCGGCGCUACUCCUGCCCCCGCUGCUACCACCACCCUCGCUGAAGCAUCCGCUGUGGCAGGGCCCAGCCGCCUCCCAAAGGCCAUCCAGUCUUUCAUACGAGUCAUCUGCGACGUGUCAGCGCUGCGAGCGCAAGCCCGGCGCCUGGGCGCAGUGGACAUGUACCUGGCGUUCGGAGACGUGACAGAUGAGGCGCUGGAGCGUGGGCGUGCGGUGCUGGAGCAGAUGAGCGCGCUGGUGCCCAAGUAUGAGGCCGUGGGGAAGAAGAUUGAUGGGCUGGUUGCGGAGCAGCAGCGGUUGAUGUUUGAGGAGCACGAGGAGGAUGGGGAGGAGGGAGUGGAAGGGGGGAAGGGGGAAGAGGAGCAUGGGGCCGUGGAGGAUGGAGUUGAGGAGGGUUCUGAGGAUGGCUCGUUGGAUGGUGCAGGGAAGAAGCGAGCUAAGAGGCGCCGCGUGGAGGAGGGCGAGGAUGGCCAGGGGCAGGGAGUGGGUGGGGAGAAGGAAGGGGGGGACGUGCAGAUGCAGUUGGAGGGAGGCGAGGGAGGUGACGGGGAGGGAGGUGGGGGAGAGGGGGGCGGGAAUCAGACCACCCUCGUGGCAGCGGUCAACACGGAGGGUGGUGAUGGUGGCAGCGGCAGCAGCAGCAGCAGGAAGGUAACCCGGGAGCGUAUCGCGGAGGAGAUAAGGGCAGCACAGGCGGAGCGGCGGGGCAUCAGCGAGCAACUGGUGCAGCGCAGCAACGAGUUCUACCAGCUCGUGCCGUCCUCGCAGCACACGCGCAGCCGCAUCCAGUCCAUCCAAUCCCGCCAGGACCUGCUCUCACUGCAGGCGCUCCUCUCCAGCCUGGGGGAGCUCCAGCUCGCGCUCAAGAUGCUCAUCGGCGCGCGUCGCCAGCUGGCGGAGGCGGCGGCUGGGCGGCGCGCAGCCGUCCACCCGCUAGACUACUGCUACCUGGGGUUGGGGACGGACAUGCGGCGCCUGGACCCGCAGAGCCAGCUGUGGCGCGUGCUGGCUCGGUAUGUGUACCGGUCGGCUUCGCGGGAGGAGAUUGAGGUGUAUGAUGUGUUUGCGGUGCGCAGGCAGGGCGAGAGGGAGCGGUUUGACGCGCUCUUAGAGCCGUUCCGUGCGCACCGCCAGCUGCUGUUCCACGGGUCGUCUGUGGCUAAUUUCUGUGGGCUGCUCAGCGGCGGGCUGCGUGUGGCUCCUCCCGAGGCCGAUGUGACGGGGUAUGCUUUCGGCAAGGGUAUCUACUUUGCGGACCAGUUUAAAAAGUCCUUGGGGUACUGCGAUACCGCUGCUCAGCACCACCAUGGGCACUGGAGGAGCGGCCGUGAUUGGGAGGAGGAGGAGGAUGAGGAGGAGGACGGGGAGGAGGAUGGGGAGGGGGUGGGGAGAGGGCAAGCUAUGAAGCAGACGCGGUGCCUGCUGCUGUGUGAGGUGGCGCUGGGGCAAUCGCAGGCGGUGUCAGAGGCAACAUACAUGGAGGAGGCGUUGCCAGGGUCCCACUCCACGUUUGCCAUCGGGAGAACCACCCCCGACCUCUCCCAGUGCCUCUGGACCCCUGACGGCUGCUGCAUCCCUGCAGGGCCUAUCAUCUCCCACAGGGAGAUGCAGGCAAGCAAGGCAGUGCGGCCAGAGGAGUAUGCUCGUGUGUGCAGGUUUAUUACUGCGCCAGAAAAGGGCGGAGGGCCGUGCGUGGAGAGGAACGAGUAUGUGGUGUAUCGUGAGGCGCAG